AGUCGGCUCUAGUGGUCUCGUAACGAAGAGUUGUUCCCGGCCGUGCCGUCCUCCGCUGUUGUCGCUGGGCUGCGCCGCCGCCGUCGCCAGGACGCGCCGCCGAGCCCCUCGUCGCCUCCAGCCCCGCGGCCUCCGUUCACCUCGACUUCCACACGCCCAUCAUGACGAAGACUGAGAAGAAAUCCUUCCACCAGAGCCUGGCCGAGUGGAAGCUGUUCAUCUACAACCCGAGCAGCGGAGAGUUUCUGGGGCGCACCUCCAAGAGCUGGGGUGAGCGCGCGGCGGGGCGGGCGGCGCGGCGGACGGCCCCAUUCAUUGCGGGCGGCCCGGCGGUCCGGCUCCGAGGCUGGGCGGCCGCUUGGCCAGCCCGAGCGGGGCACACGUGCUGCCGGUUCCCGCCGCGAGCGGCGCCGGAAGCGGGACCGGCCGGCCGGGCCGGGCCUCCUUUGUAGGGCGCGCGCCCUGGAGGCGCGGGCCGCGCGGACUGGGGAAGCCGGACCUGCCCCUCGCCUGCCUGGGGAGAGGAAAUUUCCACUGCCCGCUAUCUUGUGACUCGGCGGCGCUGCCACCCAGACGGCCGGGACAGUGCGGGCGAGCUCCGGGCGUGUGUGGGUUGCAGGGACGUGUGACGGGGAGUUAAUCACUGGGGCACAUUGUCCGCGAAAAAGCACUUGAAUUCCGACUGAGAAAGGCCGGCUCCGAGAGGGCUUCUUCCUCCUCCUCCUUCUCCUCCUCCUCGGAGAUCACAGCGCUUUUCUGCCUUGCAGAUUUUGCUUUGGGGAAAGACGGUCCUAUUAAACACCCCCUCCUCCCGUACCUUCAAAACAUCCGAGUGGUGGUUGAAUGUUAACAGAUUUUCUCUGUGCGAACUCAUUGUUUUAAAACGAAAUAGUGAAUCCGAGUUGAUCGGUCUUCUGGGUUUUGUGCUGCUUUUAAGGACCGAAGUGGGUAGUGGGAAGUAAUGCUACCUGGAGGUGACAUCUGUCUCUUUUCCUCUAUCUCCUGGUAACUGGGAAAAGGGUCUGAUCUUGCUCUUCUACCUAGUUUUUUAUGGGUUCUUGGCUGCACUCUUCACAUUCACAAUGUGGGCCAUGCUCCAGACUCUGAAUGAUGAAGUUCCGAAAUAUCGAGACCAGAUUCCUAGUCCAGGACUUAUGGUUUUUCCCAAACCGCAGACUGCCUUGGAAUAUACAUUCAGCAUGUCUGAGCCACAGACUUACAAAAAGUUGGUUGAAGACCUGGAGAGUUUCCUAAAGCCAUAUUCUGUGGAAGAACAGAAGAACCUCACAAGUUGUCCUGAUGGAGCGCCUUUUAUUCAGCAUGGUCCUGACUAUAGGGCAUGUCAGUUUCCAGUCUCCUUGCUUGAAGAAUGUAGUGGUGUGACUGAUGCUAAUUUUGGCUAUUCCAAAGGACAGCCUUGCAUCCUUGUGAAAAUGAACAGAAUAAUCGAUUUAAUCCCAGACGGAUAUCCACAAAUAUCGUGUUUGCCAAAGGAAGAAAACGCAACUAUAGCAACUUAUCCUGAAUUUGGAGUUUUAGACUUAAAGUAUUUUCCAUAUUAUGGGAAAAAACGGCAUGUUGGAUAUCGACAGCCCCUAGUUGCCGUACAGGUCAAAUUUGACUCUGGUCUUAACAAGAAAGAAGUAACAGUUGAGUGCCAUAUUGCUGGAACCAGGAACCUAAAAAACAAGAAUGAGCGUGACAAGUUCUUGGGACGUGUUUCGUUCAAAGUCACAGCACGAGCCUAGGAAUAGGAUGUCUCCACAGAAUUCAUGUUGUGUUGUCGCCAUUUUGUAUCAGCUGGACCUGCCAUUCUAGGAUUAUGAGGCCACCUUGGAGGAGGAAGUGGUGUGGUACACACUUGGGUGACAUCAUAACAUGCUUCCAGAUCAUAGUGUUCAGUGUCCUCUGAAGUAACUGCCUGCUGCCUCUGCUGCCCUUGAACCCAUGUACGGUCGCCAGACAGGGACCAGUGAGCUCCCGACCCCAAACAUGCAGAGUGGGGGCCCUGUCUUCUUUGUGUGUAAUUGCCAAACGUCUAAAGCUUCAUGUGCUGGGCUGUGUACAUAUUUUAUGGAUUUAACACUGGUAACUGCAUAUUUUGAUGCCAACAAAGUUUUAGGGAUACAAUGGUACCUUGCCAACAUCGAGUGACUUUAGCUGGAAGAAAUGUCUGAGAAGCUCUGUAUGUGAGGAGGGAAAAGGAAAAUAAAGUGGAUCUGAAAGUAGACUCUGCUUCUGCGCAUGUGUGAGUGGUGCCUGUCCGUAUGCUCCAGACUGUUUCUUACAAGGUGAACUAGACCAUAUCUGAUUUUGCUGAGAGGACAAACUUUCUGUUGUAGUACAUAUUUAAAAAUACUAUUGGGCUGACUUUGAGUGUUGGAAUCAAGUCUUCCACAUUCGGGUAUCUUAGACACAGGGAUGAAACAGCAUUUAAAUUAGGUGAAUGUGCACCGAUUUUUGUUGUUGUUGUUGUUUUGUUUUUUGAAUGAAUGAAAUUCCCAAGAUAUAAAUUGUAUAGUUUUUCAAACUGUCUUGUUAAGUGCUUUUAUUUAGUAGACUGUGGACCCUAAUAAAAACAAAUUGUGAAAUACAAAAACUUCAAACUGAUUUAAAA